CUAAUACUCUUUGGUAAAAGCUAGAUCAGUUCACUAAAAACCACUAGCGACGUAAUUGAACAUAAUCGAGUCACGAGAGACCGGUUUUUGGUCUAUUGAAAAUGCAAUUUGAAGAACCAUAGAAAGAUGAUGUUUUUAAAAAAUUAUAAAAUGGUUUCGAUCUGCGGGAAAAGAAUCAUCUUGUUGCACAAUAAUUUUUUAAAAAUUCCAAAACGCAAUGGUUACUUCCUACUGGUUCCAGAAAUUGGUGAUGCUUUACCAGAUAAAGAUCCUUUACUGAAAGAGGAUAAAACACCAGAAUUUAAUACUAUUACAAUAGAAAAAUGUGUAGCUGCUAUUGGAAAACAAACAAUAGAAUUUGAAGAAGAAAUUAAGACCUUGGAGACAAAAAUUCAAAACCCUUCAAAUCCUUCUCCAAAAAAUCUAUUUGAAGAUGUAUUAAACCCUUUGGAGGAAAUGUAUAACUCUUUGAAUACCACAUGGGGCAUUGCAAAAACAUUAUACCUUGGAAACCAGAGUUUAAUGCCCACACAAUAUUAUAUAAGUAUUCAUGAUCGUGCUAAAAGGGCUUCAGCCAGCAGAUACAUCAGUUUACCAAUUUAUCUAGCAUCUAAGAACAUUAUCAAUAAUGACAAAAUUAAAUUAACCAUCGAAGAAAGGAGAGUUUUAAUGAAAUUUAUAUUAGAAGGAAAAUUAAAUGGAUUAGAUUUGUCUGACAAAGAGAAGGAAAAACUUUCAGAAUUAUCACAUAUGUUAAUAGAUAAGCUUAAAGAAUACUCUCAGAAACUAGAGGUAGCUACAAAUCAAAUUACCUGUACAAUAAAAGAUCCUACGGUGGUGAAAGAUUUUCCAGAGGAGGUAUUAAAAACUAUGGUAAAAGAUGAUAAACAAUGGCAAACUGGCCCUUGGACAGUAACUACAGAUCCUCUUAUCAUGAAACCAUUUAUGGAGCAUUGUCCUGUCCGUUCUCUGAGGUAUAAAGUUUGGGAAAUAGCUGUUACCAAAGGAUCUAUGUUACAAGAUAGAUUCUUGCAGACAAGUACAUUAUUAGAAGAGAUUCGCCAUGAACGAAAGAAACAGGCAAAACUUUUGGGAUUCAACAAGUAUACAGAUUUAAGUAUGGAAACUAAAAUGGCUGGAAGUUUAGAAAAUGUUUAUAACACCCUGGACAUAUUAUUGCAAACAGCUCGUCCUGCUCAAGAACGUGAGCUAAAAGAACUCAAUGAAUUUGCAAAUGAAAGAGGUCAUGACGGUAUACUUCAACAUUGGGAUAUAUCAUACUGGAGUGCAAAACAGCUAUACAGUAAAUACAAGUAUAGGGAAGAAGAUUUAAGAAAUUAUUUUUCAUUGCCAAAAGUAUUAUCCGGUAUGUUCGAGUUUACUGAAACUUUAUUCAAUGUAAAGUUCGUUGAAAGUACGAAACCAGAUGUAUGGCACAAAGAUGUUCGAUUUUUCGAUAUCUUUGAUUUGAAGAAAUCAUGUACCGAUCCAGUAGGUAGCUUUUAUUUAGAUCCUUACGCAAGAGGUGGUGAAAAAAUUCGAGUGGCACAUGAUGUAGGAUCCAUGGUUCCAAUAAAAUAUAGAAGUAAAGUGAGUGACACAAAACCAUUAGUAGCAUUAAUAUUCAACUUUUUGCCACCAUUUGGUGAAAGACCAUCAUUACUUACAUUUAAUGAUGUCAGGACUCUCUUUCAAAAGUUUGGACAUAUGUUACAACAUACGUUAUCAACAGUGGAGUAUGCUGAAAUAUCCGGACUUUCAUUUGUGGAAUGGGAUGCAUCGUUUAUUUCUGAUUAUUUCUUUGAAAAUUGGUUGUACGAACCAUCUGUUUUGCACAAAAUUUCCUGCCAUCAAGAUACUGGAGAACCGUUAUCCACGGAAACGAUUGAAACAUUGAGGAACAUAAAAUUGUAUUUAGCCGGCUAUAAACUAUGCAAAGAACUAUAUUUAUCACGAUUCGAUUUAGAAUUGUAUUCUAGUGGUGAAUUCUGGAAUGACAUAAUGAAUCGUUUGUGGAAUAAAUAUCAUGUAAUUCCGCAGCAUAAAAAAGAUUGCCAUAUCUGUUCAUUCGAUUGUAUUUUUAGUGGAGAAUGGGUAGCUGCUUAUUAUAGUAAUGUUUGGUCGCAAAUGAUUGCUGCUGACUUGUAUAAUGCUUUUCAAGAAAAAUCUUGCAAAGACAAGGAAGUAUUACAGAAUCUUGGCAGUAGAUAUCGCGAAACGUUUUUGGCUUUAGGAGGUAGUUACUCUACAAAUGAAAUGUUCAGAAAAUUCAGAGGAAGAGAUCCAAAUCCAAAAGUAUUGUUAAUAAAUCUUGGAUUGGAUCAGUCCAAUAUAUCAGAAGUAGGUGAUAAAAAAUUAGAGUAAAAAUUAAAAAUAAUCCAAUAAUAUGAUAAUGUACAGAAUUAAUUUUUUUUCUUAUCUAUAUAAAGAUGAAUAUUGUAAAAAUAGUUGUAGAAGUUUAUUUUAUUGUACUAUGAUGCACGAUUUUAUAUUAUAGUAUUCGUUAUUCAAAGAACUUAAGAAAAGUUUUAUUCAAUAUUUUAAACAGAAUAGUUUACACACUUCUGUACAAUUUUAGUGGUAAACUAUUUUAUAUGUUAAUUAAUAUUGUGUAGUAUCAUUCUUUACAAUUAUAAUUAUUUAUAUUAUAAUACAU